CCAAUCACCUUGUCGUAAACUCAGAGAAACAGGGGACUAGGCCCUGUCUCUCUCCGCCAUGUUAGAUUCACCCCGCAGGGACAGCAGCAGAGCUGGCAGCGAACCGUUCUUGUACUGGCCUGCGGCAGGCGCCCCCCGGGGGCGGGAAGCUGCCCCACAGCAUGGAACCACAGGUUACUCUAAAUGUGACUUUUAAAAAUGAAACUCAAAGCUUUCUAGUUUCUGAUCCAGAAAAUACAACUUGGGCUGAUGUGGAAGCUAUGGUAAAAGUUUCAUUUGAUUUGAACACUAUUCAAAUAAAAUACCUGGAUGAGGAAAAUGAAGAGGUAUCCAUCAACAGUCAAGGAGAAUAUGAAGAAGCACUUAAGAUGGCAGUUAAGCAGGGAAACCAACUGCAGAUGCAAGUCCAUGAAGGCUGUCAUGUUGUCAGUGAAGCCACACCCCCAGUUGGAGCAGAAAAACGACCAGUUUCAAGGACAGGGAAGAAGCCACUUGCGCAUUAUUCUUCACUGGUGAGAGUCUUGGGAUCAGACAUGAAGACCCCAGAGGAGCCUGCAGCACAGCAGUUUGCACCUGCUCCACGUGACGCAGACCAGCCUCAAAACAAGCCCCCAAACUGGUUCACAAGCUACCUAGAGACAUUCAGAGAGCAAGUGGUUAAAGAAACGGUUGAAAAGCUUGAACAGAAGUUACAUGAGAAGCUUGUCCUCCAGAAUCCGUCCUUAGGUUCCUGUCCUUCAGAAGUCUCAAUGCCUAUUUCAGAAGAAACACUGUUUUUGCCAGAAAACCAGUUCAACUGGCAUAUUGCUUGCAGCAGCUGCCAAAGGAGGAUCGUAGGUGUGCGCUACCAGUGCAGCCUCUGCCCAUCCUACAAUAUCUGUGAAGAUUGUGAAUCAGGGCCAUAUGUCCAUGACUCCAACCAUGUCUUGCUGAAGUUGCGGAGACCUGUUGUGGGUUCCUCUGAACCCUUCUGUCACUCGAGGUUCUCUACUCCUCGUCUUCCUGCUGCCCUGGAACAGGCCAGGCUCCAGAAACAGGUUGACAAGAACUUUCUUAAAGCAGAAAAGCAAAGGUUGCGAUCUGAGAAGAAACAGCGUAAAGCAGAGGUCAAGGAACUUAAAAAGCAGCUUAAACUCCACAGGAAGAUUCAUCUGUGGAAUUCGAUCCAUGGGCUCCAGAGCCCCAAGUCUCCUUUGGGCCGACCCGAGAGCCUGCUGCAGUCUCACACCCCGAUGCUCCCUUUGCAGCCCUUUGCCCCAGUUAUGCCAACCCUCAGUGCAGCAUUUGUGGAUGAGAAUUUGCCUGAUGGGACUCACCUCCAGCCAGGAACCAAGUUUAUCAAACACUGGAGGAUGAAAAAUACAGGAAAUGUAAAGUGGAGUACAGACACAAAGCUCAAGUUCAUGUGGGGAAACCUGACUUUGGCUUCUACAGAAAAGAAGGAUGUUUUGGUUCCCUGCCUAAAGGCCGGCCACGUGGGAGUUGUGUCUGUGGAGUUCAUUGCCCCAACCUUGGAGGGAACGUACACUUCCCAUUGGCGUCUUUCUCACAGAGGCCAGCAGUUUGGGCCUCGGGUCUGGUGCAGUAUCAUAGUGGAUCCUUUCCCCUCCACAGAGAGCCCUGGUAACAUUGAAAAGAGCAUGAUCAGCUCAAGCAAAGGUGAUGAUCUCACCUGCCAGCAAGAGGAAGCUUUUCUUCUGGCUAAAGAAGAAAUUCCACCUGGUGAAACAGCUGAGCAGACAGAAGGGACGGGAAUCUGCAUCUCACAGAAGGCAAAAAAUGCUGCCAGCGAGAGGGCGCUCUACAUCCCAUCCGUGGACCUUCUGACAGCCCAGGACCUGCUGUCCUUUGAGCUGUUGGAUAUAAACAUUGUCCAAGAGUUGGAGAGAGUACCCCACAACACCCCUGUGGAUAUGACUCCCUGCAUGUCUCCUCUGCCACAUGACAAUCCUUUAAUAGAGAAGCCAGGCUUGGGGCAGAUACAGGAAGAGAGUGAAGGGGCGGGAUUUAAAGCAUUUCCUGAUUCCACAGUGUCAAUAAAGAAGAGAGCUGAGAACAUUUCUUCAGUGGAGGAAGCAGAAGAUGACCUGAGUGGGACCCAGUUUGUGUGUGAGACUGUAAUCCGAUCCCUUACCUUGGAUGCUGCCCCGGAUCACAAACCACCUUGCAGACAGAAGUCCACGCACAUGAAAUUUGCCUCACCCGAAGAGGGACCACUUGGAGAUGAGAGGGAAGAGAUCGUCCGUGUUGCUGAAGGAGAAGUUGUCGUGGAGGAGGAGGAGGAUGAGCUCAAAGAUGAAAUUCAGAGUCAGUCCUCUGCUUCCUCAGAGGAUUACAUCAUCAUCCUGCCUGAGUGCUUUGACACCAGCCGCCCCCUGGGGGACUCCAUGUACAGCUCUGCACUCUCACAGCCAGGCCUGGAGCGAGGGGCUGAAGGCGAGCCUGGGGUUGAAGCUGGGCAGGAACCAGUUGAGGCUGGGGAGAGACGCCCUGGAGGGGAAAACCUGCCACAGGGGCACAGCAUCAAUGACAUCCUUAUGACCUCACAGACUCUGGACACAGUGCCCCUAACCCCAGAGGUGGUGGGGCCUCCGCCACAGCUGCCCAGGAGUCCUGCCUGUGUACAGCAUCAUGGUUCCCCAGGAGUGGAUUUACCAGUUACCGUACCAGAAGUUUCUUCAGUCCCUGAUCAGAUCAGAGGAGAGUUCAGAGGCUCAUCAGGACUUGUAAACAGCAGACAGAAGAGCUAUGACCACUCAAGACACCACCAGCAUGGGAGCAGCAUUGCUGGAGGACUGGUGAAGGGGGCUUUGUCUGUUGCAGCCUCUGCGUACAAGGCCUUGUUUGCUGGACCACCAGUCACUGCACAGCCAAUAGUUUCUGAAGAUCAGACAGCAGCCCUGAUGGCCCAUCUCUUUGAAAUGGGAUUCUGUGACAGGCAGCUGAACCUACGGCUGCUGAAGAAGCACAAUUACAACAUCCUGCAGGUUGUGACAGAACUCCUUCAGAUCAACAACAACGACUGGUAUAGCCACCGCUACUGAGGAGUGACCUCGUAUUAAAUAACUUUGCCUGCUGCUCAGAGAUGAUCAUUAUUCUAUUGUUGGGGUGUGGGGUAAAGGCCCUUGCUUAUUUUUUAAUCUGAUGAAUCUGUAUAGAGCCCAUCAUUGAACUAUCAAGACAGUUACUUACAUUGCAGUAUUUUUUGGAGCAAAUGAAAAACCAGAACUUAAAUUUUCACUUUAGACAUUAGAUGAAUUGUAGGAAGAGCAUUUUUCAAUUGAUUUGGAUAAAACUCCUUUCUCCGUUUUAGUGCAUUGAAGAGUAUCACUACCUAUAGAACCAUUUUUCUUUUUGCUUGUAUUGAAGUUGAGUAUUUUUCUUUGCUUUAAUGUGGAUGUUUUUUGAGCAUAUCAGUUAUUGUCAGUUUUUAAAAGAAAUUAACCUUGGAAGUUGUUCUCAGAUUUUUUCUCAUAAUUUCUCUAACCUAUCCCAAGCUUCAUAGCUAUGCGGUAUUACAAGGACACCCAGAGCGUGCUAGGAAUUUUGUUACUCUUCCCUUCUCAAGGAGAAAGUCGUUUCCCUACAAGUCUUCCUAAGCAGCACUGUUGUUUUCUAAAGACCCCAUUGAUGCUUUUAAGAAUAUCCACCCUCUGAGUCUCUGCACUUCUGAGAAAGGAGCAGGGAGCGUGCUAAUUAACCCACCAGCACCUGUUGAGCAGUGUCUGUUGUAGCAAUUUUGCAUACAUUUUAUUUUAUUUAAGGGGAAAAAUUAGGGUGAAAUAUUUUGCUAAUCCUAUAAAGAAGGGGAAAAAACUCUUCUAUUAAAGGGAAAAGUAAAUUUAACAGUUACCCUUUUUCUUUUCAUCGGGGGGCAGGUCUUAUUUACAAUAGAGUGGGCAGAGGGUGUAUAGAAACAUGAGAAAACUGAAAGGUGGGCUCCUGUGUGAAUCUCAGUAAAGUUCAGGGGCAGGCAGAUAAGUGUGUGUGAGGCAUAGGAAACCCCAAGGUUCUCUUGAAUGUUUGAAAUCUGUUCAGGAGAACCGGGAACAAGAAAAAGAGGCCGGUAUUUUACAAAACUUGGAAGGGAGCAGACUCACUGAAAAAGUUUUGGUUUAACCCCAUGUAAGUGAGUGGGAAAGAGCUUGCUUACAGGGGUCCAGGUCCUCACUGUGUUUACAGAGGGAGUCUAGGGUACAGCUGGUAAAGAGGUAACAACAAACACUAAAGAUUUUAGUCAUAAAAAUUACUUGCAGAAAAAGAAGCAUCUGAUCCCCAGCCCGAAGGGGUAAGGAUAUUGAAAUAGUAUUAUUUAACCUGGUUGGUGGUAUAAUGAAUGGUGAUUUAAAUUAGUCAUUAGUUAUAAUGAUGUUUAUUUACAGUAUAACUCGUCAAUGCUGUUAAGCCAGGAUUCAGACUGCAAGCUAAUCAGGCUGUUGGAACAUUUUUAUGGGGGCUUCUGGGUAGAAGCUGAGUGGCUGGGUGUGUGUAAUUAAUUGGGUUGGUUUGGGACAGGAUCUGCCUUGACCAUCUGAGUCGGAUUGUAGGGGUCCAGGAGGGCCCUGGGGUCCAGUCGUCUGUCCCAUUGUACUUGCACGUAACCGCUUAAAGAAUGGUGAAAUAAACUUUGAAACUC